AUGCAAUUACCCGAUGCCAUUCGCUUUGUCAGACGAUUACGAGACGUGUGUGAUCGGCUCAGAAAAUCUCGGGGCACGGUGGCCAUUAUCGGCGGCGGAUUUCUGGGCAGUGAACUGGCUGUCAGUUUGGUGAAAAACCACAACCAACCCGACGCAUCCGGUCUCCACACAAUGGAAAGCGAAUUCCCCGUGCUCAAAGUGUUACACGUGUUUCGUGAAUCUGCCCCACUCGGUCAGGUGCUUCCCCCGUGUCUGGCCGCGGCCACUGGUCGUUAUGAGGCCAGUUGCGGUGCGGAACUAUUCCCCUCAUCAGAGGUAGUGAGUGUCAGCACCGUGCCCAGUGCAACACCAACUCCACUACCUGAGAGUGAGACGACAGGCAAACCCACAUUUGCCAAUCCGUUGCAUACGGUCGCAGCCAGUGAUGUGCCAUCAUCACCACAGCGCAUUUGUCUGCGUAUUCGACGGAAUGAGCCUGGUAGAGAAGGUGUGGAGGAAAUUGUAGUGGAUCAUGUGGUGUGUGUGGUCGGCAUCGAACCGAACACAGAUUUGGCCGCUUCCGCCGGUCUCGAAGUGGAUCCCGUACAUGGCGGAUUUCUUGUGAACGCGGAAUUGGAAACACGAGCUGGCGUGUAUGUGGCUGGCGAUGCUGCAUCCUAUUGGGAUCCGGUCCUGGGGUUCAGACGUCGUGUAGAACAUUUGAACUUUGCCGAGGAAACCGGUCAAUUGGCUGGAAAAAAUAUGGCCGCUUCCUUGCAACCAUCCGGGGUCGAUUCAACAUCCAUACAACGUUAUCAUUAUCAGUCAUCCUUGUGGUCAUCGCUCGGUCCAAAUCUCAGUUGGGACGCGGUUGGCAAUGUGGACGCUAGACGUUUGGAGACACGAUCAUUUUUCCUCGCUGAGUCACCCGCGGUGAAAUCAGAUGAUCAAUCGUCCUCUGCUCCGGCACCAGACGCGCUACAAUCCAUUCCCGCAUCGGAUUUCGGGAGACUUGGACGUGGUGUAGUGUUCUACUUGACCCCGAAAGAGAAACGCUUGGUUGGUGUUCUGUUGUGGAAUCUGCCAGAUGAGUUGUAUACGGAUGAGAAAUAUGCUGCUCCCGGCCGACUGAAUUUGGCUCGUAGCCUGCUCGCACAACGUCGGCUAAUUGGACAGAAUCCGGAAUUCCGUUCCGCCGAGGAUGAACUUCGUGAUCUCGCGUCCCAAUUCGAUUUGGGCGGUGAAUUGGAACGAGACUAUGCCGAACUGAAAGCCUAUAUGGAAGCGCAAAUGAAAGAUUCACAGGAGGAUCCGUUGUCGAAGUCAGACAACCCGGUCGCGGAGCAAACCUCACCGAGUGCCGAUUCUUGA